AUGUACGAAGGGAUUGACAACUUGAAAUCCCUUUACGACCGUGCCGGGAAGACUUUCUCCGGCGGUCCUUCUGCGGCACAGGAUGUGCCGCGUCGUACUGAUAGACCAGACCCAGUACGUCGAUUAUCAGUUGGGAGCGGGGCUCCCAAGAAUCCCAGGACGGGGGAUAGCCGCGCCACCGGACGAGGUAACUCGUCCGAAGUCCGUUCACGUCGCGGUGGUUCAACAGAUGCUCAACUAGAUAGCGCUGGCCACCGCGAGAGUCCUCUAAUGGAUUUGGAGGAGGAAGAAAGACGCUCUCCACACGAUCAUGUGGAUCGGUGUGUUCCCGAGAGCUUCUUUGAUCGCGUAACGCAAGGGUCACGCGACGAUCUCGAACAUGAGCGGGACAGGCGUCUCCAAAUGGCGGACACUGCCUUGAAGCAUCGAGCUGAGUUUGCCUUUGCUCAUCUUGAGAACGAGAGAUCUCUGACAUCUCUUCGUGACGAACUAAGGGUAGCUCGUGGAAUUGUUGAUCGGUCUCGGGAUGAGAUAGCUGCUCUUCAGACCCUUGUUGAUGCUUACCAUCGGGAGCACAAGGCUCUCUGCGAGAUGCUUGAGCGCAAGGGCGUUCUUCAUCGGAAGAAGCAGCGUACUGAUGGCGGUGCAAUACACGAAAUGGGCCGAUGUACUUGGGUAGUAGUUUACUACUACCCAAGUUAG